AUGCCAGCCUUCGACCCCGUCCGCGACGCCGUGCGCUCGUCCCCGACCGAGGUCGGCCCUGGCUUGGCGCGGCGCGCGACCGAUCUUUCUGUUCUCCUCAACGACGACAACAGCGCCCCAGCACCCACUCCUGCGCAUGCAGACUAUGACUCCGCCACCUCCCCGCUCCCGCGACCACCGCAACAACGACAACAACGGCAAGGUACCCUAGCCUCAUCCCCUUCGACAUUCUCGCUCCCGCCUAAACCCGUCCAAGCCUCGCCUCCACCUCGUAGUCAUGAACAAGGACAGGCACGCUCGCGGGGCACGCCCUACGCUCCCACGCGGCGAUUCACGCAGCCCGCCAGCUCGCUCCUCAUGCCGCUCACGCCCGCCGAAGCCGACUUGUACGCCGAAUGGAUGACCCGCGGCGGGCUCGGCGCGCGCCUUCUCAAGUCCAAGAAAUCCCAGGGUCACCAACAGUCUGGCGCUCAAAGCAGGGAGAGACCGGUGAAGAAGAGCAAGGAUGUUGGCUUGGUCGUAGAGCACUACAACGCCCGCCCGGACGUCGGCCCGGACGCCCGUAGGCAAUCACCCAUCAUCGGCCUCAAGUCGUUCAACAACUGGGUGAAGAGCGUGCUCAUCCAGCGCUUCGCGCAUCCCGCGCUCGCGGCAAGUCCGAGCGCGGGGCGACAUACAGGUGGUUCGGGCCAUGCCGAAGCGAUGAGUCGAAACGGCCGGUCGGCGAAAGGCGGUAAGGUGUUGGACAUGGGCUGUGGAAAGGGCGGAGACCUGAUCAAGUGGGCGAAGAGCCCCGUCAGGGAGUAUGUGGGCCUCGAUAUCGCUGCGGUGUCCGUGGAGCAGGCGCGGGGGCGCUAUCAAACGCUCAAAGGAUCGCCUUUCCUAGCAACGUUCGCCGCGUUGGACUGCUAUACGCACCCGCUAUCGGCAGCGUUAACUCCCGCCCAGCUGUCGGUACCCUUCGAUGUGGUGUCCAUGCAAUUCUGCAUGCACUACGCGUUUGAAACUGUGCAGAAAGUGCGGCGCAUGCUAGAGAACGUCAGCAAGUGGUUGCGGCCUGGUGGGAUAUUUCUUGGCACAGUGCCCAACGCCGACAUCCUGCUGAGCCGCCUCGACGAGCUGCCACCAGACGCCGAGGACCUCUCGUUCGGCAACUCGGUCUACAAGAUCACGUUUGAGGAUCGCGUCAAGCGGCCAAUAUUCGGUCAUCGAUACUCUUUCUUCCUGAAGGAUGCUGUCGAGGACGUGCCCGAGUACAUUGUCCACUGGGACAACUUCACGCAGAUGGCGGCGGAGUACGGGCUGCAUCAGGUCUACAAGGAGGAGUUCCAUCAUGUGUUCACCGAGCAUCAGACCGAUCCCGAGUUCGGUCAACUACUCGUUCGCAUGAAGGUCGCCGACAAGGACGGCAACAGCCAGAUGGACGAGGACCAAUGGGAGGCAGCCAACAUUUAUCUCGCUUUCGCGUUCGAAAAACGAUGACGCUGUAACGCUUCAUUGACGUUAUAUAAUUAUGUUCUUGCUUCCCUUGCUUUAUGUAGUCUCUUGUGGUAUUCCUUGCGUUGUCUCGUCUCGUGAAUGUACGACCUGUGAAUGCACUAUCU